CUCACCUAUAAAAUAAUAGAGUUCAGCAAUGGCGAGCUCGAAUUUGUAAGCAAUCUUGUUAAUAAUCCAUAAAAAAGAAAGACCCGAACGAAGAGGUCGCCGCCCUGCAAAUUAUAUUAUUGCUUCUCUUUUCUAGCUCCGCCAAGCUAUUGUUGUUAGCCAGAUCCACACCAAACAACUUCUGCAUCCUUCAUAGAUCCGGAGCUAUGGAAGGAGCUUUGGUAGCUGCCGCGGCUCGCCUCAUGUUCGAUAAGGUGACGGCUCUCCUCCAAGUCGACGAGAAACUCAAGACAAUAACUGGUACCAAAAGGAAGAUGGAGAAGCUCAAGGAGUUGUCCACGAUCAUUGACAUGGUGAUCCGAGACAUCGAGUACCGCCCUUUUAUCGAUGAUGCUGUGAAGGACUUGCUGAAGAAGCUCAAAUACUUGGCCUACGACCUCGAGGAUGUUGUGGAUUACUAUGACACCAAAGUCUUGCAGAAGAAGCAGAGAUCAAAAACUUCUUUAGGGUCGGUGCGUGAUUUCUUCUCUGCUGAUAAUCAAGUUGUGUUUAAGAGUAGGGUAGGUGGCAUGAUAAAAGCUAUAACAGAAAGUCUGGAUUCUAUUUUGCUGCAAAAGUCCAUUCUUCUCAAUUUGCCACAAAGCAGUAUCCGCAUGCCGGAACCAAGUCUCUGCAGGGAGACCCACUCCUGCAAUAGCUUUGUUGUUAUAGGGAGAGAACCAGAGAAGAAUAAGAUUGUCGACAUGUUAACCAAGGAUGAUGAUGAUGAAAGCAACCAUGGCACAGUGAAGGUCAUCGCCAUCGUUGGGAUGGGUGGCCUAGGGAAGACUUCACUUGCUCAGCUUGUUUACAAUGAUGCGAGGGUGCAAGACCAUUUCGCAAGUUUGACAAUGUGGAAAGUUGUUGGGGCCGAAUUUAAUCCCACAAAGAUAAUGAAGUCCAUUUUAGAACUGGCUACUGGUGCAUCAGUCAACAUCUCAGAAAUAGAUUUAGUGAAGCAGAACCUGGAAAAAGAAUUAUCUGGGAGGAGAUUUAUGCUCGUUCUUGAUGAUGUGUGGAACGAGGAUGAGUUACAGUGGGGAGUGCUGAAAGCAGCCUUAACAUGUGGGGCGAGAGGGAGCAAAAUUUUGGUGACAACCCGUAGCCAACAGGUCUCUUCAAUUAUGGGCUCAUCCAAUUCUACCCACCAAAUACACCAGUUGUCCAGGGGUGAUUGUCUGUCCUUGUUUCAACAAUUUGCAUUUGGAGACCAAGCAGUCGAUCAAAACUUGAUGAAAAUUGGUGAAAAGAUUGUUGAGAAAUGUGGCGGUGUUCCCUUGGCUGCCAUAUCUCUUGGUAGCAUGCUCCGUAGCACUCGAGAGGAAAAUUAUUGGUCCUCAGUAUUGAACAGUGAAAUAUGGAAACUGAGAAAUGAGGAAGAAAAAGUGUUAGCUGUAUUAAAGUUGAGCUAUGAUAGUCUCCCUCCACGGUCAAAGAAGUGUUUUGCAUUUGCUUCCCUAUUCCCAAAAAAUUAUUGGCUGGCAAAGGAUGAACUGAUAAAGCUAUGGAUAGCAAAUGGUUUCGUAUGUUCAGAAGGAAAUUUUGAUGCUGAAACAAAUGGCAAUCAUGUCUUUAAUGAUCUCCAAAUGGGGUCAUUCUUUCUCUUGGCACCUUCCCGUGAUUAUGAAUAUGUUAGUCAUGUAACCAAGUGCACGAUGCAUGAUUUGAUGCAUGAUCUGGCACGAUCAGUAUUUGCAGAUGUAUAUUGGAAUUUUAAACAAGAUUUGUUGAAAGAUAUUGGAAAAAGAACAUAUCAUUUGCAAAUAUAUCUACGAGAGAAAUCAAGCAUGACUCAUGUCUUAGGCAAGAAACCAUUGUACUUGCGCACCUUUAUGCCUCAAGUUACAUUUUCACGUGUAAGUAUUAAUCUGCUUGAAGUCUUCCCAAAACUGAAAUAUUUGCGGGCGUUAGAUUUAACUGAUGGUGAAAUCCGGGAGGUGCCAACAUCAAUAGGAAAUCUGAUACAUUUGAGAUACCUCAACUUAUCCAAGAAUAAAAUUAAAGUUCUACCCGACUCCAUAACCCUUCUCCCCAAUUUACAGUAUCUCAAUCUCAGUUUCAAUAACAGACUUCGAGAACUACCAAAAGAGUUGGGGAAAAUGCAAAACCUUCGGGAUCUCAAUUUUUCCAAAAGUGAUUUUAGAUUGACAUACAUACCUUGUGGAAUAUCUCGACUAACUAAUCUUCGAAGUUUACCUCUCUUUAUUGCUAGUGACAAAACUGACACAUGCUCAAUUAUAGAGCUCGAGGAUUUGAAGCUUCAUGGGAAAAUGGAAAUUAAAUUUUCCAAAGAUUUUAAGAAUUAUUCUUGUGGUGGAAGAAAAAUCUUAAAGAAUAAAGAUCUUACUGAACUAUGGCUAGAGUUCAAUAAUUCAGAAAGAUGUGACAAAGACAUGUUGGAUGAUCUUUGUCCCAACACGAGCUUAAAGAAGUUGACCAUAUGGGAUUAUACGAGUCCACAAUUUCCAACAUGGUUGAUAGAGUUACAAGUGCCAAAUUUGGUUGAAGUUAACCUUAGCAAUUGUUUUGAUUGUGAGUAUAUUCCUCCGCUUGGAAAUCUGCAGUUUCUUAAGAAGCUUGAAUUAUGCCUAAUGAAUGGCAUUACACAGAUGGGUGCUAAGUUCCACGGGUACCGAGGCUUUCCUUCCCUUCAAGAACUCAUCUUGAAUCGGAUGUAUAAUUUAGAAGAAUGGUCAGAGUCUAAUGUUGUAGAUCAGUUGUUUCCUUUACUACAGAAGUUGUGGAUUUCCAAUUGUCCAGAAUUGAAAUGUAUGCCGAGGCUUCCUAGAAUCCAAGAGCUGGAGAUAUUAUACUGCAGUAAGAGCAUACUCUCAUGUAUCAGAAGACUCGCUUCUCUUUCUGUUCUCCGAGUGAAGAAUAUGAUCGACAUGACAUCUCUUCCAAGUGACUGCAUUAGAACCCUCACAUCCUUGACGGAAUUACAAAUAACAGAAUGUAGAGAACUCCAAUCUCUUCCUGGGGAUGAAAUGCAAUGCCUAAAAAUGCUUCGUUCAUUGACCAUUGAAAGAUGUGAUAAUUUGGCAUCCUUUCCGUCGGAAGUGGGGCGUCUAAGUUCUCUUUGUUUUCUACGGCUCUCACAAUGUCCAAGUAUAACAUUGCAACCAGAAGAACUCGUACAAAUCUUGAAUUCAGUACAUGACUUCCAAAUACAGAUUUGUGACAACAAGGUCAAUUUACGUGGGCAACUGCAAUACUUACCCAUACUCAAAAAAUUGUCUCUAUUUGGUUCUCAUGUUACCAAUAAUUACAUGAUUGGGUUGGGACUCUCAACAUUAAGUAUUUGUUGUUGUCAUGAAUUGGAGUCGUUGAUGACAGCAGAACCAACGAGCAGCAUUGUGCUAAAACAACUAUAUAUAAAUGGAAUUUCCUAUCUCACGACCUUGCCUGACUGGCUGCAGCACCUCAAGUCUCUUCGUUUUCUAUUAAUCGAGGACUGCCCACAAUUAGAAAGGGUGCCAAGGGGUUUGAAGAAUUUACAUAUGUUGGAAAAGUUGUGGAUUGUUCGUUGUCCACAACUGAAAAGUAGAUGCGAAAGGGAGACAGGCGAAGAUUGGCCAGUCAUCUCACAUGUUCGACAUGUUGAUAUUUCAUAGGUUUCUCAGAUUUAGCCGGACAUGAUUCAAAAGAAAUCUAUUGCUUCACCUGGGCAUGUAAUUCUUGCUGUCGAUGAAUCAAAUGCUACAUGUGGAAUGAGGCUUGCUUCAAUUGGUCUGGAGAAUACAGAACAAAACCGCCAAGCUUAUAGACAGCUUUUGUUGAC